CAAAAGAACAAACACGCUCUCAGAACAAAGGAAGACGGGCUUUGACUGCAGAGGAAGCAGGAAGCACAGGCCCUGCUCUGAGCCCAGCUGCAGGGGCUCAGGGACUGCAGCAUGGAGUCCGUGGCCCUGUACAGCUUCCAGGCCACGGAGAGCGAUGAGCUGGCCUUCAACAAGGGCGACACACUCAAGAUCUUGAACAUGGAAGAUGAUCAGAACUGGUACAAGGCUGAGCUCCGGGGUGCUGAGGGGUUUAUCCCCAAGAACUACAUCCACAUCAAGCCCCACCCGUGGUACUCAGGCAGGAUUUCCCGGCAGCUGGCAGAAGAGAUUCUGAUGAAGCGGAACCACCUGGGAGCCUUCCUGAUCCGGGAGAGUGAGAGCUCCCCAGGGGAGUUCUCUGUGUCCGUGAAGCUCCCCUCUGGGCCCUGCUCUCCUCACUGUAGAACAGGAAGUUUGAACCAGAUGGAAGACAACAAAACCUGCCAUCUUGCUGAGCACCUACCAUGUGCCCCACAUAGGCCAGCGACUGGGACAUGCAAGCUUCCCGGAUGUGAGAAUUCUCCAAAUCUCAGGCUGGGAGGUUCUAGGAUUCCUGGGUCCCUUGUCCCUUUCUCAUCUCAUCUCAUCUGUUUUCCACUCUCUGACCCUCUGAUAUGAUGAGGGAAUACUUUAUUCUGGAUAACUUUCCAGGUAACUAAAGAUAAACUUCAAGUAUCAAAAUGUUCAAAGUUGUGGCCUUGGGGUUUGAUAUCUUUUUCUAACCUGCCACAGCCUUGGGAGGAUUUGGUGGCAGUGGGUGAGAAGGCUGAGCAAAGUCUGGGAACUGAGGAGGGAAGGGGCUCGUUGCACCAGAGAGUGUCUGAAGGAAGUGAGGCUGGGCGCAUGAUCAGAGCCAGCUCUCCAGUCUGCAGGGCAGUGGGGGACCAUGGAAGCUCCUGGAGGUGGGGCUUGGGGGCGACCUGAGCACCCAGCACACCUGUGCUCACACCAGCAGGCUUGGGUCUGAGUCGGGACUGGGAGGGCUGGGAGGGGACAGGGAAUGGAGGAGAAUGUCCAGGCCCAGGAGGGCCAAAGAGGCGUGAGAGGAGGCUGUCCGAUCACCACUCUCGGAGGAGCCCAUCUAACGCUGCUAGGUAACCACAGUCAGCAGUUCCUCAGCACUUAUCCAGAAGGGAGGUGUUAUCAUUACCAGGAAAUUGAGGUCCAGAGAGCUUAAGUGAUUUGCCUAAGUUGCACAGCAAGAAAGGGGCCUUGCCCAGUGCCCACCCCCUCAACUCCACACUCCAUUGGGAGGCUCUGGGGGGACUCUCCAGGUCUUGUAUGGAGUGGGGUCUUGCGGCCUGGUACCCGCCCUCUCAUACUGUCCUUCUGUCUCAGCAGGGGAGAGCAAGGCCUGGCUGCAGGUGGGGCUGGGCUGGGCGGGGCGG